UGCGUAUCACGUGAUCAGAGUAAACCGCCAAAGAAAGAACUCAUUUUGGGGUUUAGGGCUUUGACUGCUUCCAUGGAGGCAAAGAGAUCAAAGAGAAAGGGAACAAAUGCUGGUUUCGGGUUCGCGAUUGUCGUGUGCCGUCUUUUUGUUAUUUUGCUCCGACUAGGUUUCCCUGCUAUUUUCUAGCAUUUUCCCGGAAUAUAUAUAUAUAUAUAUAUAUAUUUUUUUUUCCUGUCGUUUUUUCACCCACCUCCUUUUUGUUUUGCCAUUCGUCUGGUUUCGGGUUCGCAGUUGUCGUCACCGUUGGUGAACCGGAAUUGGUUUUCUAUUCCUCAGCUCAAGUUAUUCGUCGCCAUAUAUGCCACAUUAUCUGAUACAUACAGAUCUCUCUGUUUUUCACCGACCGAUUCAAAGAAAUCUCAUUCUUAGCCAAGAAGUUUCAUCUCAGUUUUCUCUAGAAAGUUCAUCACUCAGAUGGAAAGCUCUGUUGAGAAACCAUCACACCCUCUCUCUCCCUCUCCCUCUCUUGAAAUGCUGAUAGCAGUGCACCACAUUAUUUUGUAUGAGGGAGCGAUGAGUAUCUCCUCUUCCAUAACCCAUCCACCGACUGAAUCUCAUCUCCUCCAAUCCAUAAUCACCAUUCUCACCUCCUCCAAAAACCCACCUCUCCAUUCCCUCAACACCUUCAUCCCUCACCUCAACCAACCCCUCCUCCUUUCCAUCCUCUCCUCCAAAACUCUAGCUUCCAACCCCGCUACGCUCCUCUCCUUCUACAAAUGGUCCCAAUCCCAUACACCUUCCCUCACCCAAUUCCCACAACCCCUUCUCACCCUUUUGCCCGUUCUCUUCUCCCACAACAAGUUCUCUGACGCCAAGUCCCUCCUUGUCUCCUUCAUUGCCUCUGAUCGCCAAAACCAUCUCCACCGUCUGAUUCUUCACCCUCAGCGGGUCCUACCUAGGCCUUCCAAAGCCCUUUUGGACACUUCGAUUGGUGCUUAUGUGCAUUCAGGGAAACCCCAUUUAGCUGCCGAGAUUUUCAAUAAGAUGAAACGGUACUGUUUCAAGCCCAAUUUGCUCACUUGCAAUACCCUUCUCAAUGCAUUGGUGAGAUACCCUUCUUCCCACUCAAUUUCUUUGUCAAAAGGUGUUUUUGAGGAUGUGAUUAGACUAGGGGUUAGCCCAAAUACUAAUACUUUUAACAUUUUGAUACAUGGGUAUUGCUUAGAGAAUAGGUUUAAGGAUGGUUUUGAGUUGUUGAGGAGGAUGAGUGAGUUUGGUUGUUUACCUGAUAAUGUUAGCUAUAAUACAAUAUUAGAUGGGUUGUGCAAGAAAGGGCAAUUGGUAGAGGCUAGAGAGUUGUUAUCAGAUAUGAAGAAUAGAGGAUUGGUGCCAAAUAGGAACACAUAUAAUAUUUUGGUUUCUGGGUACUGUAAAUUGGGGUGGUUGAAGGAGGCGGCUCAGGUGAUCGAGUUGAUGGUGCAGAAUAAAGUGUUUCCUGAUAUCUGGACUUACAACAUGUUGAUUAAUGGGUUGUGUAAUGAAGGUAAGAUUGAAGAAGCUUUAAGGUUGCGAUGCGAGAUGAAGAAUUGGAAGUUGUCGGAGGAUGUGGUCACUUAUAACACAUUGAUUAAUGGGUGUUUCGAGUGGAGGAGAAGUGCGGAGGCGUUGAGGUUGAUCGAUGAAAUGGAUGAAAAGGGAGUAAAAUCAAAUGCAGUUACUCACAAUAUAAUGCUUAAGUGGUUGUGUAAGGAAGGGAAGAUGGACGAGGCAAGUCACAACGUGAGGAAAAUGGAAGAAAGUGGAUUUUAUCCUGAUUGUGUUACUUAUAAUACUUUGAUAGAUGCAUAUUGUAAAUCAGGGAAAAUGGCAGAAGCAUUUAGGAUGAUGGAUGAGAUGAAUAGGAAAGGUUUGAAGAUGGACAAUUUUACCCUCAAUACUGUUCUUCAUACACUGUGUGGGGAAAAGAAGCUUGAUGAGGCAUAUGAGUUGCUUAAUAGUGCAAAAAAGCGCGGUUAUAUGCUCGAUGAGGUAAGCUUUGGAACUUUGAUGAUGGGAUAUUUUAAGAAUGAAAAAGUGGAUGAAGCUCUGAAGCUUUGGGAUGAGAUGAAGGAAAGCAAAGUUAUUCCUACAGUUGUCACUUAUAACUCUAUAAUUGGAGGACUUUGCCAAUAUGGAAAAACUGAGGAAGCUAUAUGCAAGUUAAAUGAACUUUUAGAGAGUGGUCUAGUGCCUAAUGAAACUACGUACAAUACAAUUAUUCAUGGCUACUGCCGAGAGGGGGAUAUUGGGAAAGCAAUUCAAUUUCACAAUAAGAUGGUUGAGAAAGCAUUCAAGCCAGAUGUGUUUACUAGUAAUAUACUUCUUAAGGGGCUUUGUAGUGAGGGUAAGCUUGAAAAGGCUCUUAAGCUUUUCAAUUCAUGUCUUUCCAGAGGGAAAGACGUUGAUGCAGUUACAUACAAUACCUUGAUAUCAAGUCUAUGCAAAGAAAGGAGAUUUGAGGAUGCAUUUGAUCUUCUUGCAGAUAUGGAGGAUAAGAAUCUCCAACCUGACCAGUUUACAUAUCAUGCUAUUUUCAGUAAUCUUGCUGAUGCUGGUAGGGUUGAAGAAGCUGAAGCAUUUGCAACAAAAAAUGUUGAAUUGGGAAAAUUAUCUGACCAGUCCUUACAAAUGGCUAAGGUGCAAGAUGUGGUGACCCAUAAAUCUACAGAGGAAUAUGAUUCAAGUUCUAUAGCUUAUUCAGAACAGAUCAAUGAGUUAUGUUUAGAAGGGAAAUACAAGGAUGCAUUACACAUUUUUAAAGAAUCAACACUGAAAGGCAUAGUUCUAAGUAGAACUGUCUAUAUCAGUCUGAUGAAUGGGCUGAUCAAGAGGCGUAAAGCCAUAUCAAGGGAUGCUAUAUCUUAGGGAGAUCUUGCUGUUAUUUGCAUUGGCCAGCAUCAUCACUGUGUCAUGGAUGAAUUGGCGCAUUAAGAGUACAAGUUCCCAAUCGUGCAGUGUUACCUAGAGGAAGGUGAUUUGGCCAUUGCACGGUCAGUUUUAAUCAACGCUGGAAGCAAUGUUAUCUUUGGAACUCGAGACAAAUAGUGAUCAGUAUGAGAUUCCACCUUUUAUUUUGAAUUAUGCAUCACCAACCCCACCCAAGAAGAACACUUUUCGGGAAAAAGCAUGCAUGGCAUGGUAAAUAUCUUUAAGUAAUAUGAGAGAUGCUAAUCAACUCAUUGAAGAAAUAAAGAAGCAAGUUGAACAUGAGGAGCAUGAUAUUCCCCAAUAAGAUUUGAUCCAGUUCAUCACUUUUCUGUUGCAAACAGUGAUAGAUUGUUCAAAUAUCAAAUUUUAAUGCAGGUUGCAGAGAGAUGCUUUGCCUUUUUUCAACAUUUUGAGGGUGAAGUACAAAAGUUUAGACAGAGAGCCUGCAUUUUAUGAGUUCCUAGAUGAAAUUGCAGAGAAUUUUAUGGAGUACAGCGUAGAAAUCCCAUGCAAGGAAUGUUUGGGGAAAUUUUCAAGAUUAUGGGAGAACUGUAAUGGCAAUUGUAAUAUUUUUGAACCUUUGUGGAUCUGGAAAUGCUACCACUUCUAUUCAGCUUUGGCAUGAAUUUUGUUUUUUUUCUUUUUUUCUUCCCCACCACCAUUUUUUUUCCUUAAAUUAUUCCUGAUAGUUGUACUAUUUUGUCGACAGCUGGGAACAAAAAUUGCAAUGCAAAAGCUGUUGAGUUUGUAUGAUUUAUAAAUUAUGUCAGAAUUUUCGGAGGUAUUUUUCAACUAGUUGUAUCUUAGCCUAAAUUUGAGCAAUAAUUGUAACUUUUCCAAUCAUAUCAAGGGCAAAAGAUUUUGCUUC